AUGGGGCUUUCACCAUGGCUGAGGUUUUCCGCGGAUCGAGCACCCUUACCCUUACCCUCACUCUCAAUUCGACUCACGCUCUUCCUCGCAUCCCUUGCUCAGGUCUCGCGCGCAAUUACCUUCAACCCCGUACCCCCCGCGGAUCUCGAUAUUUCCCAGCUCGGGCGGGUAGGACUGGUAGGUGAUUUUGAUGGUAUCUCGCUGUAUCAAUAUGAAGGACAGAAUCAGGACGGGUUCAGUACCAAUGGAAGCCAAUCAAUCCUCACGCCAUUCCCCAACGGAGGCUUCGCCAGUCUCGCCGCUGCCGAUGCUGGAAUACAGGCAAUGUGUUCAUUUAUUAUGGAGGGUGGUACCAUGGCUGGGGUGGUUGUAGGUGGUAACUUCACGAGUUUGGAGGGGACCGAGUCGCAAGGAGUUGGGCUGUUCAAUCCAGACACCUCAGUACUCACUCCACUGACUGGACUCUCGGGCCAAGUCUCUGCGCUGCUCUGCGAUCAAGAUACAAACACGGUAUAUGUCGGAGGCAGCUUCAAGGCCGAAAACUCGACCAACGCAAUUGCAUGGGUGGGAACGACCGGUUGGACAAACCUACCGUUCGCCGGUUUCAAUGGACCAGUCAAAUCCAUAACCAAGGCCUCGAACGGGAAUAUUGUCUUUGGAGGAUCGUUUACAGCUCUUGGUAAUAAUACGAUUGGUCCGAGGCUCCCGGAUCAGCAGAUCAUCAACAUUGCUGGGGCAGAGCUGAAUGCGACCUCUUCAACAACGACCACCGGCUUCAGCGACCCUGCUAACAUCGUCUGCAACAGCCCCGGGGUCGAUGGGCCGGGAAAUACAUGGCUUCUUGCUGAUGAUGCCACAGGCUCCUGGAAGGCAUCAUUUGGGUACGGCUUCCACCCGACAAAGUUGAGACUGUGGAACACACAUCUGGAUGGACGAGGAACCAAGACCUGGAGGUACACGGCAUUCCCAAUCAACGGGAUCAUGAACUUCACGUACAUCGACCCAGACACGGGUCAUAAUGCCUCAUGCUCUUCGGAAUGUCCUCUGAGCAGUAGCAGCACCGUCCCCUACCAAGAUUUUAACUUUGUCAAUGUUAUCGGCAUGAAUGGCUUCCAAAUUGACAUCUCGGCGUUUUAUGGGAGCGGGGGUGGACUCAACGGUGUGGAACUCUUCCAGAACGAUAUAUCCGCCUAUGCAAUUCCCUCAUUCAACGAGCCGACCUGCGCCGACAUUCCGAUCCCCUCGAAUGCAACUUCUACCGGACCAUGGGUUGUCUCACCUUCUCAACAGAGCUCUUCUGAAUACCUGACGGCAACAUUUACCAGCUCGAGCUCUGCCAAUGUUGUCUUUAUGCCUAAUAUUCAGCAAUCGGGAAACUACUCCGUGGACAUCUACACGCCCGGUUGUAUUCAAGAUGGAACCUGCUCUAGUCGAGGUCAGAUCAAUGUCACCGGUAUCAUGUCAAGUGAUACAGAUGGCACCUCCUUCCAGACCCAGAUCUUCCAGACAAACAACUUCGAUAAGUACGAUCAAAUCUACUUCGGAUAUGUCGAGGCUGGAACAACCUCCUUCCGUCCCACCGUGACUCUUUCGGCUGCGGAUGGCCAGAAUACCCAAGGCCUUACAAUUGUGGCCCAGCGAGUUGGGUUUAAGCUUAUCUCCUCCGAUGGCGGUCUCAACAGCCUCUUUGAAUACGAUCCUGAGUUGGGGGUGAUGGAAAGUGCCGACCUUGCCAACUCAACUUUCAAUGCAGCCGGCAUGAGUCUACCGACAGGAGCCGGAGUCAAUGCCCUGCAAACCUCCGGAAGUACGACUUACGUUGGCGGAAACUUUACAAACACGGAGUUCAACAAUAUCCUCGCCAUCACAGAUUCUGGAGCAACAUCUCUUGCCGAAUCAGGACUUGACGGAGAAGUCCUCGCGAUGUUCUUGAAUGGCACUACACUUUAUGUCGGUGGCAAGUUCACGAAAUCAAUCUCGGGUGGAGCCACGGCGGGAUUGAGCAAUGUUGCUAUGUACGACACAUCGAAGAACUCCUGGAUUGCCCUCGGGGCAGGAGUUGAUGGCACCGUGACAAGCAUUGUCCCAUUAGCCUUGAACGUGACGGCGAACACACCAGAGCUUGUUAUAACCCUGACUGGAGAGUUCAAGCAGAUCUUUGCCUUCGGAACAAACAGUUCUGUGGCAGUCACAGGCUUUGCAGUCUGGGUUCCGUCUCGCGGCAAUUGGCUUCAGAACUUGGGCUUCGCCACUCCACCUAUUAAUGGACAACUCACCGCCUCGGUAGACCUCCCGACAGGAGGAUCACUCCUCGCUGGCUCCCUGUCUUCAGCCCAGCUGGGUGCCAAGGACGCUGUUGCUCUCACCGAUACACUAAACACCCUACCUGUAGCCAUUCGACAAACCCAAUCCGAAGUCCCGAGCAACCUAGGAAAGCGAGCCACAGCAACUCACAAUGUGACCGGGGUUGUGACAGGCUUGUUCGACGAGGCCAACGGGCGCAAUCUCACCAUUCUCGGAGGACACUUCGCUGCGACAGCAUCCAAUGGUUCGGUUAUCAACAACAUUCUCUUCAUCGACAAUUCGAACUCCAAUGUGGUUACUGGUGUGGGUCCAUCCCUCUCGAAUGACUCGACUAUUCUCGCCAUGGUCCUCCAAGGAGACACACUCUAUGCUGGAGGUUCUAUUUCGGGAACAGUGAACGGCAGAGGUGUGACAGGGAUGGUCGCAUUUGAUCUUAGCACCUCUUCGUUUGGUACUCAGCCACCUUCUCUCGCCGGAGAUGUCAAUGCGAUUUCAGUCAGACAGGGUACUGGCGAUGUCUAUGCCGCUGGCAGCUUUUCCGCAGCCGGUUCUCUUGAGUGUCCUGCUGUUUGUGUCUUCGCCACUACGGCCUCACAGUGGGAUCGACCUGGGACCAACCUUGGCGGUACCGCCCACGCGAUGACAUGGGCAAGCUCUACCAGCCUGGUCGUUGGUGGCGCUCUCACUGUAGAUGGGGAGAGCGUCUCACUGGCAAAGUAUGACACCAAAUCUCAGUCUUGGACAGCUGCCAGUGGAGCAAACGCAAUCCCCGGUCCAGUCGCCGCCCUCACUGCCGCAAAUAGUGACGCAUCUCAGCUUUGGGUGGCUGGUACGGCCGCCAAUGGCUCCGCCUUCCUCAUGAAGUUCGAUGGGACUAACUGGAACUCUGUCGGUGACGUUUUUGGAAGCGGGACCACGAUUCGCAGCCUUAAAGUUCUACCUCUGUCCAAGAACCACGAAACUUCCUACCUCGUCCCAGAUAGCCAAGAACUAUUGAUUACCGGAGCACUCAAUCUUCAAGGCUUUGGCAACGCGUCCUCUGUGUUGUUCAAUGGGACAGCCUUCCAACCGUUUGCUCUCACUUCCAGUGCUUCGAACGCGGGCAGCAGCAUAUCCCAGAUCUUCUCCUCUCGGCAGAACUUCUUCGAGAAAGCUGGCGGUAAACUUGCCAAAGGAUUUGUCGUGCUCAUUGCCCUCGGCAUUGCUCUUGGGCUGAUCUUCCUCUUGGUCGUUGCUGGUAUCAUCAUCGAACGCAUUCGAAGAAAGUAUGAUGGAUACGUUCCAGCACCCUCCGCAAGCUUUGAUCGGAGCCAAGGCCUUUCGCGCGUACCUCCAGAGCAACUUUUCGGCUCCUUAGCCCAGGGUCGUAGCGGAGUGGAAAAGCAGAGCUUGAGGAUCUAA